CGGCACUGAGCGUCUGUUCCCUUCUUUGCUCUGGCACCAGUCGCGCUGCGGGCAUCUGACUUUGGUCUGGUCCCUGUUAUUUUUUUAAUCCUGCAGCUACCUUGGAUGAAGCCAGGUCAGCAUCUGAUAUUCCGAAUGUCCCUUUACAACCUUCAUUUUUGCUAACUCUAAACUGCAAGAAGAAGAGGGAAAAAGUACUUACGGGUUUCCGUGGUCACAAAUUAGAUUAAGGUUUUUCUUUGGGCAGUUUUCUGAAGUUGAAAUGAGUAUAUUUCUGUUUACUUUUCCAGUGAGAGGAUCUGAAGGGCUUUACAUGGUGAAUGGGCCGCCUGCUUUCACAGAGAGUACGGCAUUUCAAAGGGACUCUGGAAAAAAUUGCAAAGCUGUUACAUUUAGCAAGGACGGUUCCCUCUUUGCCUGGUGCAAUGGAGAAAAAGUAAAUAUUUUUAAUGUCACCAGUGCUGAAUUACUGCGUUCCUUUGAUCUUCCAAAAGUAGUUUGCCUUGAAUUCUCACCAAAGAAUAAUGUUCUAGCAACAUGGCAGGCCUAUACAACUGCUAAAGAUGGCACAGCAGGGGUGCCCAACCUACAACUUUAUGAUGUUAAAACUGGGAAGUGUUUGAAGUCUUUCAUCCAGAAAAAGAUACAGAACUGGUGUCCCUGCUGGGCAGAAGAUGAAAGCAUUUGUGCCAGGAAUGUAAACAAUGAAUUGCACUUCUUUGAAAACAACAACUUCAACACUAUUGCAAAUAAACUGCAUUUGCAAAAGGUUAAUGAUUUUGUCUUAUCUCCAGGAGCACAGCCAACCAAGGUCGCUGUGUAUGUUCCAGGCAGUAAAGGUGCACCGUCGUUUGUUAGACUCUAUCAGUAUCCCAACUUUGGUGGCCCUCAGUCUGCACUAGCCAAUAAAAGUUUCUUUAAAGCUGACAAGGUGACAAUGCUAUGGAACAAAAAAGCCACAGCUGUACUAGUCAUAGCUAGUACAGAAGUUGAUAAAACAGGUGCUUCAUACUAUGGAGAGCAAACUCUGCACUACAUUGCAACAAAUGGAGAAAGUGCGGUCGUACAACUACCUAAAAAUGGUCCUAUUUAUGAUGUUGUUUGGAACCCCAAUUCUGUCGAGUUUUGUGCUGUGUAUGGUUUUAUGCCUGCCAAAGCAACAGUUUUUAAUCUGAAAUGUGACCCUGUGUUUGAUUUUGGAACUGGUCCUCGCAAUGCUGCUUACUACAGCCCCCAUGGACACAUCCUAGUACUAGCAGGAUUUGGAAAUCUCAGGGGACAGAUGGAAGUGUGGGACGUUAAAAACUACAAACUCGUUUCCAAACCAGUAGCCUCGGAUUCCACAUACUUCGCUUGGUGCCCUGAUGGGGAGCACAUUGUAACAGCUACCUGUGCUCCCAGGCUACGAGUCAGUAAUGGCUACAAGAUAUGGCACUACACUGGCUCUCUUUUACACAGCUAUGAAGUUCCAUCAAAUGAAGAAAUGUGGCAAGUUUUCUGGCAGCCAUUUUUAGAUGGAGUAUUCCCAGUGAAAGCAGUGAAGUACCAAGCAGUUCCAAGUGAAUUGCCAAGCGCUGAGCCAAAACCUGCCCAGGCAUACAGACCUCCGGCCUUGAGAAACAAACCUGUGACAAGUUCCAAGCUUCAUGAGGAUGAGCCACCUCAGAACAUGAAACCACAGUCAGGAAGCAGUGAAAAGCCACUCUCUAAAACAGCUCUCAAAAAUCAAAAGAAACAUGAAGCAAAGAAAGCUGCUAAACAGGAGGCCAAAGCUGAUAGCAAUCAGGAAUCUACACAGUCCUCAGCAUCUCAGAGCACACCACGGAGUGCUGUGCCUGCUGUGACAUCAGGAGAUCCUGAAAUUGACAAGAAGAUAAAGAACUUAAAAAAGAAACUAAAGGCAAUUGAGCAACUUAAAGAACAAGCAGCUGCUGGCAAACAGCUAGAGAAGAAUCAGUUGGAGAAGAUUCAGAAAGAAACUGCUCUUCUUCAGGAACUGGAAGACUUAGAACUGGGUCUCUAAAACUUCAUGGAACUCCAAUGUGCUGUUAAUAAAAACUUCAUGGAAAAUCUAA